AAAGCUCAUCCAAAUCUUCUUGUCCACCAACCAUCCCCCUCCUCACCUUAUCCAUUCAUCUUUUAUCCCAUGCCAAUACAAAGUCACUCAUUUGCUUUUCCCAUCAUCUUUGUGCUUGCAGAAGCCUGAAAAAAUUCAAGCACCACCACAGAAAAGAAAAAAAAAGAAGUUUUCCACAAUGGCAACAGCCUCAGCUACUGUGUCUCCAGCAAUGUUCACCACAACCACAGUGGCCAAGCCAAGGAGGGCAGCAAACAAUGUGAAUUACAUAACAGGGCUCAAUUCAUUUUCUGGGCUGAAAGCUCACAGCAGUGUGGCCUCUCUUGGCCUUCCACAGGGCACUGAGCAGUCCUUUGCAAAGAUCGUGAGCUCCUUGAGAGCCCCUUCACAGGGCAAAGGCAGAGUUGGAGGAGGGGCACUCUCCUCUACCUGCAAUGCUGUUGGGGAGAUUUUCAAGAUUGCAGCAAUCAUGAAUGGGCUUACACUUGUUGGAGUUGCAGUAGGGUUUGUUCUUCUUCGAAUCGAAGCGUCCGUGGAGGAGGCAGCUGAGGCUGAGUAAGAAUUAUGUGAUCGUUGGUUCUGUGUUUUGCUAAAUAUUUACAUUGUAUCUCUCUUUAAAUACUUCAUUUGAUGUAUGUAGCAAUGAUUUAUAUAUUUUCAUUUUCUGGUGCAUUGAGUUGGAUA